AUGCGAAUCCCCCCCGACCAUAAAGUCGAGGAGGAGACACUGCCGGACUAUCUCCCGGUGCGCUACUACCCCGUGCGUAUCGGUGAAGUGUUUAUCGAUCGGUAUCAGGUGGUCGGAAAGCUUGGCUUCGGUGCCAGCUCGACAGUCUGGCUGGCGCACGACCUGAGGCAACAUCGCCAUGUCGCCCUGAAGGUCUUCAUACGUUCCCAGGCGCUUGGAGAUCGCGUCGAGAAUGAAAUUGCCAUGUUCAAGCGUAUGGAGCAGCGCGCGUUUAGCCAUCCGGGCCGGAGCGCCGUCAGGACUCUGCUCGACUCUUUCCGAGUCGCCGGACCGCAAGGGGAUCAUUUGGUUCUCGCACACCCGCCGCUAUGGCAAAGUGUCGAGGGAGCCAUCUGUCGCAGUUCGCCCCGGAGGCUACCCGGCUCAGGUCUGCGCUUCGUCCUGAAAGACCUGUUCCUUGCCUUGGAGUACCUGCAUGAUGAAUGCCAAAUCAUUCACACCGACAUCAAGGCGGACAACAUCAUGUUUGGCGUCACGGAUGUUUCCGUCUUCGCCGAACUUGAGGAGGAAGAGAUACAAAAGCCCUGUCCCCGCAAGGAGGUAGAAGGGAGAACCAUCUACACUUCCCGGGCAAUCAAAUCACCGGGCCAAAUUGGCCCGCCGGUCUUAUGCGACUUCGGCUCUGCCGUGUUUGGAGACAGCGAUCACCUCGAGUGCGUUCAGCCCAACGUCUACCGGGCCCCCGAGGUGACAUUAAGAGCGAGCUGGGACUACAAGAUUGACAUCUGGAAUGUCGGAUGCAUGGCUUGGGAUAUGUACGAGGGAAACCAAUUGUUCCACGGCAUUGACCCGGAACAUCAUGCUUAUCGAAGGAGGGCUCAUCUUGCUGAAAUCAUCGCCCUGCUAGGACCUCCGCCAAAGGAUCUCCUUGCGCGCAGCCACCUGGCUAGCAAAUUCUUCUCUGAUGAAGGCACAUUUACUGCUGGUAUCGAUUUGCCAGCCGCGACGUCGCUGGAAGAGAUAGAGACGCAACUUACAAGCCAUGAAAAGACACUAUUUCUAGAGUUCAUGCGGAAGAUGCUCCAGUGGGCUCCAGAACGACGCAGUACUGCUGGAGAGCUCUUCCAAGAUGCUUGGCUGCAAGAGCAGAAAUGA